AUGCAGGAAGAGGGCGUGAGGCGCCUUCAACAGAAGCUGCUACCCGCCUUGGCCAGCCAAGGAGCGAAGAAGGCCGCAAUAAAGGCGAGAGAUGUGGUGUCCAUCUCCCUCUGGGUACAGCGGCCCAGAGCCGUGGAGAUGGCUCUGAAGUUCAAGGAGAAGGACAAGGUGCUGGGCCUGGAUGGAGGAAAGCAGCAGAACUCCCAGGUCAUCAGCUCCUUGCCGAAGGCCUUGCGUCGGCUGUUGGAGGCACCCGAGGAGGUGUCGGACGUGAGCGAGGUGAGCGAGUCUUUCAAGAAAGAGAUUCAUCAUUUUCGUGGAAAGAUGAUGGAGGCAUUCAGGAUUUUCGCCGACGCAAUGCAGCGGGAGCCGGAUGCGGCGGAGACGAGGGAGCUUUGCGAUCGCAUGGCGAGGCUGUGCCUGUUGCUCAGGCCGAGCGAGACGAUUGACGCAGAGGAGGGAAGGAAGGAGAGGCUGAAAGGCUUCUUGGGCCAAAUGGGCCUCAAAGGCCCCGCGAUGGGCCGCAUGUUGACGCACUUUAAGUGCCAUCUGAGCACUAGUCGGCGCUUGCUGCAAGAGGCGCUACAGGAGCACGAAGGGACGAAGAAGCCACAGGCGAAGAACAAGAAGGGAGGAGCGACGGUGGUGACGGAGGCCCCCGCGCCCUCGCCAACAGCUGGGGAUCCAAGGGCGGCUCCGGUGGUCGCGCCGCUCCGGUGA